GAUGCGAUGUUGAUGGAAAAAGGAUGGAGAGGUGGCUCGUCGGAUUACAUAAUUGGUUUGAUGUAGUGCGUGUAUAAAGAUCGAUGGCUAUAAAAGCAGUAAGAUGAAAGAACCGAUGCACAGUAUAAUCUUGGUGUUAACAAGGACUCCACAAUGGUUCGUGAAACAGCAAGGAGUCUUAGGGCCUUGUUGCUGCUUUUAUUCGUCGGCGCCCUUUCGGCAGCGCCGACUAUAGAAGAUGCGGAGAAUACUACAUUAUCGACGGAGCUCAAGCCUCCUCCUUACCCGCAAAAGGAAGGAGAGCACUACCUGCUGUUCGUUAUAAAUCUUUUUGGCUUGAAAAAUAUUAGCGGUGAAACGUCCGAUGAAGUUUUGGAAAACGAUCUUCUUCAACAUGUCCCGGACUUAACAGAUCCGUUGGCGACACUGCUUCUAGUCAUCCAGGUCGACGAGAACGACGAAGAUACGAAUGAAUCGGUGGAUCUCGAUGAGCUUGCGGAAGAUUUGAACAAGGAGCAGGGUUUCAAUUUGGAGAAACUCAAUUAUGGCGGUGAAACGGCAAUAUUAAGGGUGAAGCUCUCUAAGGAGGAAGGAGAAGACAUAUUUCCCUCGAAAUCGAAAUUGGAAAAAUUGAAGAAAAUCCGCAAUAAGAGAACACUUUGUCUCAAGUGUGGAGGUGGAGGAUAUGGUGGUGGAUUCGGUGGUGGAUACGGUGGUGGAGGAGGCAAACCGGGAUGUGCAAGUGGUAGUUGUGGUGGUGGUUAUCCUGGUGGAGGAGGUGUUUAUCCGGGUGGUGGCGGCUAUUAUCCUGGUGGAGGAGGUGGUCAUCCUGGCGGACACGGUGGAGGAGGUUAUCCAGGGUAUUCAAGAAUAGAUGUUAUACCAGUUGUUAUUGUACCCGUUGCAGGUGGUGGAUAUCCAUCCGGAGGUGGUGGAUAUCCAUCCGGGGGUGGUGGAUAUCCAUCUGGAGGUGGUGGAUAUCCAUCCGGAGGUGGUGGUUGCAGCACAUGUUUCAGUGGCGGAAAUUCAUAUGCUUCGGCAUCGGCAAAUGCAAACGCACAAGCAGGAACUGGCAAAUGGGGAUACAUAUAAAUACAUAUCUAAUGGAAUAUAAGAAAAACAAAGAUAUUCCACGUUACAUGCUGCCCAAAAUACUCGAAAAUUUAAAUUCAACGAAAGCGACAUUAAUUUGUAACAAAUUUGUAACAAAUUUCGCCACUUCGAUUUCGAUCCGUUUGACUAACAUGUAUCGAGCACCGAAUAAACAAGAAAAAUAAAUAAACAGGUUUCGUUUUUUAAUAAAA